AUGGCGACAAACUUUGAUAUGAACAACAUGACCGUCGAACAACUUAUGGCACUUAGCGAGAUAGUUGAUGACAGCGAUAUUAGUGAUUUCGAAGAUGAAGUGGAGAAGAUAACGAAGGACGAAUUCUAUCGAGUUGCACCUAAGGAUAAGGGCAAAGAUCCCUUUGAAGGAGAAAGACUAUUCAUAGAUGAAGGAGAUCGUUCUACUGACCCAAGAAGAGCACGAAGACGACCAUUGAAUAAGAAGGGUGAGAGAGGAAUUAUGCCAACGUGGAAAUAUUCCGAAAGACAGAAAGCUAGGGCUCUGCUGGUCGAGGAGGCGUAUCAAAGUCUACUCAGUCAGGGAGUUGAGGGUUUACCACCAACAAUGGGAGGUAGAUGGAGAACUGAUGAUCCUCAAGUUAAUGCGGAGAUGAAGAGGCUAGAGAAUAUUAGGAAUCCAAAACGUCCUAGAGGAAGACCACCAAAGGCUAAAUCUGAUGCAAAGGUUGCGAUCCCGAAGAAACGUGGAAGACCAGCAAAGGCUAAGGUUGACACCAAAGUAGUAAUUCCAAAGAAACGUGGAAGACCAGCAAAGGUUAAGUCUGAGGCUGAGGUUGUGAUUCCAAAGAAACGUGGGAGACCACCAAAGGUUAAGAAGAAAAGUGUCGCGGAGAGAUUCAUGAGUCAAAACAAAAUAAAACUAUCGAUUCCUGCAGAUAGUGUAAUAACUCAGGUGGGACCUAAUAAGUACACGGUGACCGUGGAUCUAAGCAAGAGACCAACAAGGAAAGCUCCUGAGGUACCGAAAGGUGUAACUCCAUGGAGGCCCGUUCCUAAGCCAAGGACAGUGUUCCCUAGAGAGAGACCUGUUCCUAAGCCAAGGACAGUGUUCCCUAGAGAGAGACCUGUUCCUAAGCCUAGAACUAGAAAGCCAGUGCCUCCUCCAAAGUUAAGGAAGCCCGUAAAGGUAAUGAAAGAAGUUGAGGAACAGCCUCCUGUGGUCGCCCCACAGGAACACGAGAUCGAUCCAUUCGGAACGUAUCUUGAGAAGCCUUCCUAUAGAAAGAUAGAAACUGCCGCAAAUGGUGCAGCGGUGACUUACUCAAUAACCCCAAACUUUAUGGAUCCCUUGGACCAGAUGACAGCAAGUAGGCAGGUUGUGAGGGGAAUUCUAGUGAAUGAGUUGAGGAGAAUGGGAGGGUUGAAAUAUACGGAGACAAUUAAGGUGAGAAUGUCCAAGGAAAUCGGAAAUGAUAAAACAAAGAAGGAUUCAGUGUACUUUAAGUCAAAAACUGGAACUGCAACUAACUUUGAGGAUAUUGAAAGCACUGCAGCUCAGAACCAACUGACUAUCUUAUCCAGAAUUGAAACUUUCCAGAACUUAGGUUCAAAUUGGAUUAUUCUGAACAUUGAGAGUCAUUAUGUUAAUAUUGCAAUGUACAAACCUCUCAAGGGUAGUUCAUAUAUGAAGUUACCCGCAGACAUUAGUAAUCCAAAAUGCAGCCUCAUAAAUAUGCAAAACAAUGACAAUAAAUGUUUUAUGUGGAGUCAUCUGAGACAUGUGAGACCAAGGGCUAGAAGAGCAACCACCAUAACACGGCAGGACAGAGAGUUCGCGAAAAACCUAGACUAUGAGGGAAUAGACUUUCCCGUGAAAAUAAGCGACAUUGAUAAAAUUGAGAGGAAGAACUCCAUAAGCAUAUCAGUGUUUGGCUAUAAGGGUAAGAAGCAGUUCUAUCCAAUUAGAAACUCCAAAACAAAAUAUGACGAGCAUAUGGAGCUGCUGCUGUUGGGUGACAACGAGGGUGGUAACCACUACGUUCUAAUAAAGGAUGUAAACAGAAUGCUCUUCAGUGUUAGCGGAAACUCAAACAAGAAACACUUCUGCCUACACUGCCUUCACAGUUGCGUUAGUGAGGAGUCACUGGAAAAACAUCGUGAAACAUGUAUUGAGGUAAAUGGAACUCAAGCCACAAAGCUUCCGAGUGAGGGUACAAAAAUAAAGUUCAAAAACCAUAGGAACUCAAUGCCCGCACCAUUUGUAAUAUACGCCGAUUUUGAGUCCAUACUAGUUCCAGAAGAGAGAAAACUUGAUUCUGAAGACCCUGAGGACAAGAGUACUACAGAACUAUACCAGACUCACAAGGCCUGUAGUUUUGGGCUUAAAACAGUGUGCCACUACGAUGACCAGUACUCCGGUGAAUAUAUAAGCUACGUUGGUGAAGACGCCACAGUGGUCUUUUUGAAGACCGUACUGAAGGAGUCCAUUAAGCGCCGGGAAAUGGUGAACAAAAUCUUCAAGAAAAAGAUGGUAAUCACACCAGAGCAAGAAGCUGAGUUCUGGGUGACAAGGAACUGCUCCAUAUGUGGCAACGACUUAGGUGAUAACAGAGUGAGAGACCACGACCACGUAACUGGACUGUACCGUGGAGCUGCCCAUAAUAUGUGCAACCUAAAAUAUAGAAUCACAUGGAAAGUUCCAGUGGUCUUCCACAACCUAAGAGGUUAUGAUAGCCAUCUAAUAAUGCAGGAAAUUGGUAAGUUUAAGAUGAACAUCAACGUGGUCCCAAAUAACAUGGAAAAAUACAUUUCCUUCUCACUAGGUAAAAGUCUUGUGUUCAUUGACUUAAUACAAUUCAUGGCUUCUUCCCUGGAGGCACUUGUGAGUAACCUUUCACCUGAAGACUUCAAGAUAGUCGGUCAGCGGUGGCAAGGUGAGGACUUCGAUCUUGUGAGACAAAAAGGUAUAUUCCUUUAUGAAUACCUGGAUGACAUAAGUAAACUUGACACUGAGGGACUUCCAAGUAAAGAUAAAUUCUACUCGUCUCUAUAUGAGUCUGAAGUGAAAGAAGAAGAUUACCAGAGAGCUCUAAAAGUCUGGGAUCACUUUAAGAUGAAAACAAUGAGAGACUACCACGAUCUUUACCUGGAGACUGACGUUCUUCUUCUAGCAGAUGUUUUCGAGAAUUUCAGGAAGACCUGCUUGGAGAAUUACAAGCUUGACCCUGCUCACUACAUAUCAGCACCUAGUCUAAGUUGGGACGCAUUCCUAAAACAGUCAGGAGAGGAAAUAGAAUUGGUAAGCGAUAUGGAUAUGUUCCAGUUCUUUGAGAAGGGAAUGAGAGGUGGGGUAAGUCAUAUUGCUCAUAGACACUCUACAGCGAAUAAUAAGUACAUGGAAACGUAUGACGAAGAAGCUGAAAACAAGUUCCUUAUGUACCUCGACGCCAACAAUUUAUACGGCUGGGCAAUGUCUCAACCUCUGCCUAAUGGUGAGUUUGAGUGGAUUGAGGAAGUUGACAAAAUAAAUAUUGAUGACUACCUUGGAGACAGCGGAAGGGGUAUGGUUCUUGAGGUUGACAUGGAAUAUCCAAAAGAACUUCACGAUCUCCAUAACGGUUAUCCUCUAGCCCCGGAGAGCAAGGAGAUCGAUGCGUCAAUGUUGUCGGACUACGCGAAGAGUAUUGCUGAGAAAUUCCAGCUUACAAUCGGAGGAGUAAGAAAACUGGUGAACUCACUAGGUCCCAGGAAGAACUACGUCCUACAUGCCCGUAACUUGAAACUCUACAUAGAUCUCGGAAUGAAACUCCUAAAGGUUCAUAGAGCAGUCUCCUUCAGGCAGUCAACUUGGCUGAAAAACUAUAUUGACUUUAAUACUCAAAAACGGGCAGUAGCUAAGAAUGCGUUCGAGAAAAACUUCUUCAAACUUAUGAACAAUUCCAUCUACGGAAAGACUAUGGAAAAUUUGAGGAAGAGAGUUGAUGUAAAAUUAGUGUCAUCGGAAAAUGACCUCCUAAAACUUACGGCAUCACCGUGCUUCCAAUCACAUAGGAUUAUGAAUGAGAACCUAAUUGUGGUAAAAAGAAUGAAGGAAGUUCUGACCCUGAACAAACCGUGCUAUGUGGGAAUGAGCAUCUUAGACUUAUCCAAAACUCUAAUGUACGACUUCCAUUACAACAUGAUUAAGAAGAAGUACGGCAACAACUCAAAGCUCCUAUUCACAGACACUGAUAGUCUAAUGUAUGAGAUUAAGACUGACGAUGUGUACGAGGACUUCAAGAGGAUCGGUGAAGAGGAGGACUGCUGGGACAACUCAGAUUAUCCAAAAGAUUCCCCAUAUUACUCAGCUCAUAAUAAGAAGGUAAUUGGAAAAUUUAAGGAUGAAGCUGGAGGAGUACCGAUUGUAGAAUUUGUGGGACUAAGGUCAAAGAUGUACUCUUACGUGAAGGAAAGCGGCGGAGGUGGAAUGACAGCGAAAGGUGUGAAAAAGUACGUGAUCGGAAACAAACUCACUCACGAAAACUUUAAGAACGUAAUUAAGACCAAAGGUAGGAUGAGACAUAAGAUGAACACGAUCAGAAGCAUCAAGCAUAAAAUCGGAACUUACGAACUGAAGAAAAUUACACUCAGCUGUUUCGAUGAUAAAAGAUACCUACUUGAAGAUGGUGUUACAAGUUACGCGUACGGACACCACUCAAUAGGAAAAGUAAAUUGUUAAAUAAUGUUGAAAAAAUAAUGAUGAAAAAUAAUAGAAAAAUAAUAGAAAAAAUAAUACCAAAAAUAAUAGAAAAAUGGUCUAGAAAAAUAUGAGCCCGCGUUUUUGAGGGAAAAAUAUGGAAACCGCUGACCGGAAGUUGGGUGAGAUCGCGGGCCGAAAAAGUGGUCUAGAACCCUCAUUCCCUAUACUACUCAGAUCAUUCCCAUAUAGAAUCCUAUCUUACCCAUAGCAAAGUUGUUAUGAAAUGAUAUAAGGAACCCAUGUAUUUCCCAUAGUAAGUCAUAUGGAAUCAGAGGCGUAGGCAGGAUUUUCGGUCAGAGGGGGCCGGCAAAAAUCCAGGUGGGGUCAAGCCGCCAGUGACUCGAGACGCAAAGUUGGCGCAAGAAAAAAUUUGCGGACCACAGAACAUUUUAAAUCUCCCCCCUUCCCCCCCCCCGUCGACAACUUUUUCGGUAAAAAAUUUUUCUGGACAGUAACAUUACAAUUGCUUUCGUAGCACUUUUCCCGAUUUCCGUAACACUUUUUCCGAUACUUCACCACGUGACCACGAAGAUUCCGACAACAUUAGAGAGUUUGAGCAAGAGAACAAAGUCGGACGACGUGGACCGUGGUUGACAAUUUUUGCCUGUCUUGCACAUUAUCUUACGCAUUCUGAGUUUAGGGUCCGGCGUGAAGACAGAUUAGAGAUUUAUGUCUAGCUGUUUAUGAAUGCUGACCCAAAUCCUUACCCUGAUCAGGACAAAACAGCGCGACAUGAAUCCAUAUCUCGUCUUCGUUCUUCUGCCUUCGUUCACAACGAAAAAUUCGCAAAAAUUUUGGCAAAAUUCGCUGUAAACUUCCUUCCGAACGAAGUAAGAAGGACAAAGACGGGAUAUAGUUUCAUGUCUCGCUGUUAUUUUCUGGGUCAGGGCAAAAAUUAGGGUCAAUAUACAUAAACAGCGACACAUGGGAAGACACGCUGAGCAACCACCAGUGACGUCCAACACAGUAUGCGCAGACGGCAAUUUUUGCCCCCCCCGGCCCCAGCCCUGGCUUCGCCUCUCUAUGGGAUAUGUAUGGAUUUGUACCAAAUACGUAUCAAACCCACAUCAAAAACAUGAUAUGGGUAUGCUAUGAAGGCAACCAGGCCAUACCAAAGCCAUAUACCUCCCAUAUAUGGCCCAUAGGUUGAAUCAUAUCAAUCCCAUAGUUGGCCCAUAUAUGUCCCAUAUAAUAUGGUUUUGUAAGGGAAGUUUUAAAACUUCAAACGAGAGAGCAGCUGCCAUCUGACUCUGCGGUCCCAAAUCCUGUCAAUUAUUUAUAA